GUUAGCAAAGAGGAACGUCUUUCCUUGGGUCCUAGUUUCUGGGGAAACCGUUCAGAGUCGACCAUGGCGACGGACGGUGGUAGCCGCGGGGAGCGAAUUCCCAUUUCCAACCAACAUAAAUCUAGCCUCGCUUCCCCUGAAAAAGUCCGUGAACUUCUUAAUGAGGGGGUAUCUGCAGUGGACGUCGAUUGCAACAGCAAACAAGGAGAUUUAAACGUUCCGGAAGUAAAAGGCAACAACCAGGCACCCUGUGAAGCUACGAACAAUGAAGCUUUUUUCUCCAGAGUGGAAUCAUAUUCGUGUAUGAAAUGGGCAGCCAAGCCACGCAUCCUGUCUCCUCUGAUGUGCGCCAGGUACGGUUGGAUCAACGUUGGCUGUGAUAUGCUUAAGUGCUCCAGCUGCCAGGCUUUCCUUUGUGCAUCCCUACAACCAACGUUAGACAUUGAGAAAUAUAAAACUCGAGUUGCAGAAAUAUCGAGGCAGCUUCAAACGCAGCAUGAAAAGUAUUGUCCUUGGCCCGACUUUCCUUGUCCAGAGCGGUUCUGGUUGGUUCCAGCUUCUGAACCAUCAAAGCUCCUUACUUCCCUUCUGGAGCGCUUCCAGAGCACCUGUGUCCUGGCACAGCAGCUACCGGCGAUGAGUCCAGAGCUGCUUAAGUCCAUGUCUCUGACAGAGGAUGUGAUCAGCACUGUGCUGCAGUUGAUUGAGGAAGAACAGAAACGAAAGGGAGGGACUCCCUGCUCCGAGUCUUUGGCCGUGCAGGUGUCUGCAUGCAUCGUUUCUCUCUGUGGCUGGGGAGCGAACCCAGCUCUGCAUGCAAUGAGCCUGCCGACCCUCUCCUGCUCCUACUGUAUGCGAAAGGUGGGCUUGUGGAACUUUCUUCAGAUAGAGGGGCUUGGCGGCGACACGGAAACGCUACCAAACCUCAUGGGACCUUCUGGUCCCACCGCAGGGCCCGCGUCAGCAGCGUCCGACGGAGACGCUUCCGGAUCAGUGUCACUCACUCCAGCGCCAACAACUCCAUGUCGCAUGAAGCUUCGGAGUCAGGACUCCACCCGCACUGACCAGGAUGAAGGUACCACCUCUCCAGUAGCCUCCCGUGCCCGAAGCAGAGACUCACCGAGUCCAAGUGAAGAUCUGCCGAGUCCUUUAACCAGAGGCAAGAGACCUGCAACCCGGAGUCGGGGACAGGGAUUCGGCUCUGGGACUGACGGCGCUGCCAGCCUGCACCCUCCCAAACGCCUGUGUCUCUCAUUGGCUGGUGGUCCAGAUGGCCCUCUGCCCAAGAAAGCGUUUGACCCCCUUGCUCAACACAGAGACUGGUGUCCCUGGAUCUCUGAGGGCAAGGAGAACAUGGAUCCAGGAGCCUUAUCGUCUUUGGCCAGAACCUCGACCGUUAAUCAGCAGGGCUGGAAAGCUGCUCUCGACCUCCUCAUGCCCACAAAGAAGAACUCCAACGCACAAGGUGGCACCCAAGUACAGGGCCCUCGUGAUAAGUCUAAAAGAGUGUUUGCUAUUCUUCGUCAGUGGCAGGUAUCCUCCUCAUCUCAGUAGAUCAUUUAGAUCCAAAGGCUGUUGACCUGCUUAUUUUUAACUUUACAACAAGACCAGUCGCAGCAUAAAAGGAGUGCUGUGUAUCAUUCUUGCAUGUCACUCCCUGUUUUUUUGUUUUUUUUGUCUUUUGUUACACAUAAAGUGUUACUAGAGGGAAUUUAGUGGAGGUUUUCUCUGUAAACUGUUAAAAAUGUGAAGGAUUCCUUUUUGGUAUUACAAACAUUUCACUUAUGCUACAUGUACAACUAACUCCUUGCAAUGUUUUCAUACUUCCUGGACCCUUUUUGUUUUACAUUUGGUUGACAUCGUAACCAAACAUUUAUUUAUUAUAUUGAGAUUGACAGAUAAACACAAAGUAGUGCAUAAUUGUGAAACGAAGGGAAAAGAAUUUGCUGUUUUCAAAGCUGCUCAUCUCCAAUUGUUAUUGGCAGAGAGGCAGGGUACACUGUGGACAGGUCACCACAGGGUCAGACAGACACACAGGACUCUACACACACUCACGUCUAAGAACAAGUUUGAGGAUUCGGUUAAUGUGACGGUCAUGUUUUUUUGUUUUUUUUAUUCCUGCAAGGUAGGAACUGCAGCCU